CAAAGGCUUUAAUUAGGUAUGGAGUCGGCUAUUGAAAGAAGAUCAGGUCAUUUUGAUGUAUUAAAAAAGCAACAAGGUCAGGAGGAACUAGAGCUAAGGUUAGGGUUAGGGUUAGGAUCGGGUGAUAUGAAAAUGGUGGUUAGAAAUAACCAGCUGGGGUCUUCGUCUUCGUCUUCACUUGUUUUAUGCACUAAUACCUCAAUUCCACAUUAUUCCCCACCAGGAAUUUGGUUCUCUUUACGUUCUUCAGUUAACCGGAAAGGAGAUGUUCUACCUCAGCUUCCAAAAGCGUUUAUAAGAGUCAAAGACGAGAAGGUGACAAUCUUCAUGCUUAAAACCUACCUGGUUACAAAGCUUGGUCUCUCCAACCAAGCUGAGGUUGAGAUUUCAUGUAUGGGGCAAAAUUUGAUGCAUAGUCUAACCUUGAAGCAUGUACGUGAUGCUAUUUGGUUGCCAGGAUUGGUAGAAUUCUUGAAGUCGAAGACAGAAUUCAUUAAAAGUUCAGAAGGAGCUAGUGUCAACUAUCUCAUGUCAUUAGACUAUGGUAGGACUUGCCUAUGAAUUAUAUAGCUUAGAAGUUAAGUAAAGUUUAGA